GGGAAUUGUAGUCUACACCGCCUGUCCAUGUGCUGGAAUGUAAAAUGAUAGCGUCCGCCGGUUGCUAGGAGACAAGGACUCCCGGGACGGACAGGCAGCGAGAAACGGGAGCUGAGAGAGAGAGACAGUCGGGCAAUGAGUCCUCACCGGGUUGAAUUUCCCAGACCACAGACUCUUCCUUCCAUCCAAUCGUGAGGCUCGUUGCACAGAGCAGGCCCAUGUGAUGGUCCCUCAUUGGCUCGUUGCUCUCCCCUCUAUCAGACAUGGCUGCCUCCUGGCUCUACAGAAUGGACACUGGAGAUUUAUUCACAAGCAACAGUUUCCCUGCUAGAAGCCUCCUUCAGUCUAAUCACAGAGGAGGCCGCUGGGUAAAGACUCAGAGAGUUUGGAGCAACGGGAGAAUAAAGUUAGUGAAGUCGGCAGCAUCAAGUACAUUUCGGAGCAACCAGGACACCGUACUUACAGAACCAACAUCAAGUGGGUCGUCAAGCCUGAAUCAUCAGCAGAAUGUCCUGAACACCUCAUUCCUGCUGAAGACUCAUUAUGUGAAGACCCCAGCGGAUCUGUGUUCUGUAGAUGUGAGUGACAGGAACCUGACUUCUGCGCAGGAGGAGGAAUUGGUGCAGUUUAAUUGCGUGGUGUACAUAAAUGCGGCAGAGAAUUCGCUGACUCUCGGAACUUUCCGCAGCUUUUCUGCACUCAGGGAACUGGAUCUUUCCAUGAACAAUAUCCGCAACGUGUGUCUGGAGCCCGGCGACCUCCCAAAACUGGAAGUGCUGGAUCUGUGCUAUAACAAUCUGACUCCUGAUGACGUCACACGACUUGGAGUUCUGUCCCACCUACGGGUGCUUCACCUUUCAGGGAAUGGCCUCACCCAUCUCCCUCCUGACAUGAGUGUGUCCCACAUAGAGGAUUUAGCUCUGCCCCUGUUCCCAGCGCUGGAAAUCCUUAUGUUGGAUGAGAACAACCUCUCCCACCCUGCAGUGUUCCUGAGUGUAGCCAAUCUAAUAAGGCUGCGGCUGCUCAAUCUGGACAACAACAGUAUUUCGGGGAUCCCCUACCUGUAUCCGGCCGACACCACUCCCAGGAAUAACCCACCCAAUAAGGAGUGUGAGGAGAAAGGAGCGGAGGAUGGGCUGAAGACAUUCCAUUACACUGUGAUUCCCAGUAAAGAUGAUCCUGACAGAACAGAAGUUAUAUUUACUGACCAGGAAAACUCACAGAAGGACGAUCAUGUGACGAAAGCCUCCGAUGCCACAGAAAGCUUCAGGUUCCACAGUCACAUGAGUGAAGAUGGGUCGAGUCAAGCAUUGGUGCCGCUGCCGAGCCUGAGAUACCUGAGCCUGGCCAAUAACAAGAUUCGGCACCAGGAGAAGCUUUUAGCCGCCGCCCUGUUCCCCUCCCUCGAAGAACUGGUGAUCCACGGGAAUCCUCUCACCACUCUCAGAAAAGGGGAUCCGCCUUUGCUCAGUGACGUCCUGCAGCAGCGCCUGGGGAUCCACAUCACAACCAAAAAACCCCCUGAGAUUAGGAAACUGCCCCUGUUUAUUCCAGUGAACGAGGGGAGAAAGGUACAGUCAGUUAUCCCCAAGGUGCCCAAACAGCCUCUGAUAGUGGAACCCCCGUUCUCCCCCAAACUCCCGUUUGAUAGACGUCACCCGCUGAGCGACGGGAAGGAAUUCACUCCCCUUCCACCAAUCACACCCUCCUCUGAGAGGCGGAGUCAGGACAGCGAGCAGAGCUCAGAGAUGACGGUGGAAGUAGAAACAAGUUCCGGCUCAGGUGACGCGGCCGAGUCCAUAUUUAUGACACAGGUGGACGACCUGCCAGAAUCAGCCCACGUCUCUCAGUCAGGGAGCCCGAGUCAGCCCGAGGCGGAGGAAGAAGAGGAGGAGGAGGAGGAAAUCCCCAAGAAAUUUAAGGGCUAUGAAGAAUUGUUCCAUGUCCAAACUGACCCGGAGUUUAUAGACCCAGUGGGAAUACAGAGCAAUGUCAGGGCCCUGCAGAAUGCGCUGAGCCACCUGCUGGUCUAUAGAGACUCUAAGCCGAGGCUGUCGGGCCUACACAAGCCGUAUAUCCCCACAGAGAGUAAGGUUGGAAAGCUUCUGACCCCACUGCCCAGGAAGGACAAAAAGGAGAUUUUGGGGGAAAUCUUAGCGGGCAUGCGAGAGUCACGGAAUCUGAGCCAGGUUCCACUGAAUUCCAUCCUGGGGCAGAAGCAGCCCACGCUGGAGAAGAGAGAAGCGCAGACAUUGCUGCGGGAGUUGCAGUUCAGGUACAAGGCAUUGCAGGCGGAAUCAGCGACAAGAGCCCAAGAGAUGGAAAGAUGUUCCGGGAGGGCCGGGGCCACAGUUGAUAACAAGUGGAAUGCUGGGAAUGUUACUGACCCUUCAACUCAGAAUUGAUAAUAAACUGGACUUUCCAAUAAAGCUCAGUAGAAAUUCA